GCAAGCUCAUUACAGUCUCACCUGGCUUCCACUCGGGCCAGACGCUUAGAACUUACCUCAGAUGAAUUGGUAGGAUCUUUACUGAGUGCUCAAGCUAUUCAAGGCGUGUGAUCCUAUCCCUAAUACGGCAAUCUCUCAACCGGUCCAUCAGGCAAGAUUCGUCCCCAACCUGAAAAGCGACCUACCUACACAUAAAAGGGAUGCACAGGUUUGCCUCAAAGAUAUAUGUUUCUGUUGCCAACACCAUGGAACCAGUCGAAGCUCAGGGAAGCCCCCCUAAAGUCCUUGACAGGCUCUUCAAAACUACAAAAACCUCCACUAUCCCCCAUCUCACAGAACUACGCAAGGCCCUUGGCUACGGCAACCCAGGCCAAGACCAGGACAUCGCCUUUAAGAGGGCUGUUCGAACACAGAUCGAAUCUUUUAUAUCUCCUAGCACCAAACUACCUGCAUAUAAACUCACCAAGUGGAGGUUGCCUCUUCACCAAAGAGGACUCCAAGAGGUCACCAGAGACUUUCUCGAUACCAAGGGAAAGGGGCCUGAGUUCUGGCCUGGGAGGCACAACUCUGUUAACACAAGGUGUCUUGAGUAUUCUAAAGACUCUUCUCGGAUACGUCGUCUCAUGAUAAAAGUCUUUUGGCGUGCAGCCCGAGAGCACAAGCGAUACAAACCCUCAAACUUUACCUCUACCAAGCUACUAUCACAGCCCAGCGACAGAGACGCUUCACCAUUAAAGCCCCUGGACACGCCGAGUGACGACAAACACCAAGUUCUCAAUAACUCGCAUAUUCUCAAAGGCCAGAGUAUCGACAACCCCAUAGAUGUUGAGAGCAUGCAGUCCAGAACCAACACAUCAGGGCCGUCCACAGACGAUCACUUUGCAGCCUUUGGAAUGUCUCUUAAUCUUACUGUCCAUACACAACGACAGGAUACACCAGAGGAGAGCUCGAGCUCUGAGCCCUUUUCGUCUUCUCUUUUAGUCCCUGACACAGCGGAAACUAUGAUGCCUAUUCCCGAAGAAGCAGAUAGUGCGUGCAGGACAGACCCGUACGAAGUGCCUAAGAGCCCGCCAAGGGCCACUGAAACUGCACAGAUUAACGGCAAGCGCCCGGUCGAGUCAGACUCCAAUGAUAGCAACCGCCAGGCCAAAGUCCCCAGACAAGACCCGAGUACGUCUGCGAAACCGACUCGUCGGCCUCCAAAAGGCACUCGAGGUGGCAGAAAGACACAGAGCCACCGUCCUAGAGUCCGAGUCUCUCAACGGCAGACCAAGUCAAUCUAUCGGACGGAGGCUGCUACAGAAGAACAGAUUCAAGCUGCCGAGAACCCAACCCCAACCCCAUCAACUCCCCCAGCUGUAGUUGGACCUCAGCGCAGAAGUAAUGCGAGCCAAAGCAAACAGCCCUCAGCCACCACUAAUGAUUCCACCUCAAAAACUCCAGCUGGGGAAACACAAAGCCAGUCUCCAACCGAAGCUAUCAGAGCAGAGUUAGCUCGCCAGGCUGAAAGGCAGACUACAGAAGCAGCCAUAGCAGCGGGUGUAGACCAACAACUAGAUGCCCACGGCACGUCUACUACUGGCCUCUCCGCUAAAGCUCAAGGAAAGCUACCUGAUGUGCCGGUCAGGCAGACCCCAACGGUUCAAGCUGGGCCAAGUCGGGAGCGGGAGGCGGAGUCUACAGCGAGACCAGAGGCCAGUGCUGCGAGACAACAAGGCAGCCGCCCCGGGAAUCUGGAGCCUGAAGGCAUACAGCGACAAGUACUGAAUGGACGUGAAAUAGUCAUCAGAUCCAACAUCGCUAAUGGCGUUGACUUCAGGUCUUGGAAACCCUCAUCUUUCUUAUUCCACAUGUCUCUUGCGGCUGUGGCUGGGGAGUUGGGGUUGAGGCACGGCCGAACACUUCACAUGUCUCUCAGAGGCCGAACGUCCAACUUGAAUGAAGAAUUCGAGAAUGGUGACGAAGAUGGAUUUGAAUCCUUCAAAGAUGAGUGCCUGAGAGCUAUUAUGCAGCGACAUUCUGGUGCUGCAUCUACUCCAGUAUUGCAGCGACCACAGUUUUGGAUUUACUUUUCGGAUAAGCCCAUCUCUAUUUGAAGUGGACUGUACAGUUUAGUUAGUAUGGAUGGGUGCAAAUUCGUUUUCUUCUUUCUUUGUGUUUUUAUGGUAUUGUAUUUUAUUCUUGGGAAAUUGGCGGAUUGACGACUUGUAAUGGUUAGACGGGCAUGAACGUGUCAACAGGGUUCUGUUCCGUGGCUUUGUCUUUUUGUUUCUUAUCAAGUACCAGACUUUUGUAAUAACAGAUUUGUAUAUCUUAGCACCUUUAGUUUAGACCAGCCGAUAGAAAAACCUUUUGGGCCCAGAGACCUGGGAAGGAAUGCGAUUAUAUGUGUAUAUAAGGUAAGCACGCGUUUCUCAGGUUACGGGGAACAGUCACUGGUUGAACCAAGAUCAAAAUGAAGCAG